UCCUUUUCAUAACAUAGCGCUCAAAUUAUUGUAACGUAUUUUGAUUUGUAUAAGAAAAAAUUGUUUACAAAAUUACAACAUAAAGUUGAAGUUAAUUAUAACUUAUGUAUAACAUACUCUGAGCAUAGUUCGAUGUUAGUGUUUCUAAGUUCGAACUCAUAUGAAUAUAAAAAGAAUAAAACAAUUCCUUAAGGAAUCUUAAAUAAACCUCUAUCGUGUAUGUGCAAUGAAACUAUCGGAUUUAAUGUUAUUUCCAUUUCCGUAUCUAUUAGUGAACUAUAUUUCCGAAUCCAUGAAACAAUUACGUUGACAACUACUACGACUAAGUAAAGUAUAUACAUAUCCUGUCCUGCAAGUUAGCUUAUUUGCUGCACCUGUGUCUUCUCCCUUGGAUUGCAUUCUAUUUUAUUGCAUUGGACACGUAAUUGCAUUGAUAUGGCCAUCCUGCACUCCUGCUGCUUCUGGAAGACUGUUCGCAAAGGAAGUUAUGCGAGUGCAAUUUAUACAUUGAUUUAUUUUGGGGGCUCAAGUCUUAUGCUAUUGCAAUAUAUCAUAGAGGAACAAGAAUAUCUUACAGGAAAAACUGAAAAGCCAACUGGAGAAAGUAUUUUAGAACAAGGUGAUAUUUCCCCAACAACUGUUAUAUUUAACAUACUCUUUCUGAUAUGCUCUUUAUGUAUGGUAUUUUCUUCAAUAUUGGUACUCAUUGGCCUAUGGAAAGACAAAAGUUCGUUUCUUUUGCCAUGGACGUUUUUUAUGUUUGCCGAUAUAUUUAUUGAAUUUUUCCAUUUGGUUUAUCUUGUUAAGCUUAAAAGACUCAUGUUUGCACCAUUGGUCAGUGUGGUAUUGACUCUUGAUUUCUUCAUCCUGUGUCUUAAUGUUUAUUGUUUACUUUGUGUAGUAUCCCAGUACCAGGAAUUGAAAAGCGGGAGAUUGAAUAGUGAUGUUAUUUAUUGCAUUGGUCCAAAUGAUAUCAGUUCUCACAGCAGUAACCGCAAUGUGAUUCAACAAUUUCAGUUGGCAGUUAGUCCUUAUCCAUAUCAGCAUACAAACUUCUCUACUAUUCCUGAAGAAUCACAAUCAAGUCAAAGUUUACAUAGAGAAGGAGUUUGAUUUGUUACUGAAUUCUAUAGUUCCGUUGUAUUGUAUAUACAUAUUUAAAAAAAUGUAUUUGAUUCAUGAAUCUGGGGUAUAAGAGUAGUUUAUGGAAUGUUGUACAUAGAUUAACUACAUUAUAUUUAAAAUUUUUGUUCAUACAUAAACGAUGUC